AUGGCCCUGUCCUUUUCUUUGCUGAUGCCUGUGCUGGUGCUCAGCUACAAAUCCAUCUGUUCUCUAGGCUGUGAUCUGCCUCAGACCCACAGCCUGGGUAAUAGGAGGGCCUUGAUACUCCUGGCACAAAUGGGAAGAAUCUCUCCUUUCUCCUGCCUGAAGGACAGACAUGAUUUCGGAUUCCCCCAGGAGGAGUUUGAUGGCAACCAGUUCCAGAAGGCUCAAGCCAUCUCUGUCCUCCAUGAGAUGAUCCAGCAGACCUUCAAUCUCUUCAGCACAGAGGACUCAUCUGCUGCUUGGGAACAGAGCCUCCUAGAAAAAUUCUGCAUUGAACUUUUCCAGCAACUGAAUGACUUGGAAGCCUGUGUGAUACAGGAGGUUGGGGUGGAAGAGACUCCCCUGAUGAAUGAGGACUCUAUCCUGGCUGUGAGGAAAUACUUUCAAAGAAUCACUCUUUAUCUAACAGAGAAGAAAUACAGCCCUUGUGCCUGGGAGGUUGUCAGAGCAGAAAUCAUGAGAUCCUUCUCUUUUUCAACAAACUUGAAAAAGGGAUUAAGGAGGAAGGAUUGA